UGGUCCAGUCUCUCACGGUCGUCGCCAUAUUGCGACGAGCUUUACACGCCGUCAAACCGCGACGUGCCCCCCACCCCUGUGGACGGCCACACACCGACUCCGACGACUCCGACGACUCCGACUUGGACUCGGCAAUGGACUGAAAACGGAGCGAGCGGAGACACCAUCGCUGCUAUCACGCCGCCGCCGCCUACACGCCGUCACGGUUUACGGACGCAUUGCCGUCGGCACGGACGCCGCCGCACACCGAGAGAAGUGCACCGCGCACGUCCUGCAGGGACGAACCCAUUUAGUAGUUAGUGGUUUUGGUGUCCGCGAGGGCCGUGUGCGCGCGGUUCGUUAUUGAGACACAGUCCCGCGGUGGUGCGUGUGUGUGCGGAUCGGGUAGGGCGAUACGACGUGCGUACACACUUUAGAGUCACAACCUACCUCUAUUUAUAUAUAUAUACAGUCACACGGGACCGCCGACCCCCGGGAGAAGAGGAGUCCAUCGCGGCGCGGAAGAAGCGAGCGGCUCGGCCGACGACGCCGCACACGACUUUUGAAAAUCGGACACGACAACGCGGGAUAAAAUAUGGCACCCGUUGACAAGUCGACCGAUGCAUCCGAUUCGGCCGACAAAUCGGGCACGGCGCCACCAUCGAUCGGCGAAAAUAAGACAAUUGGUGGCACAUCAGGCCAGGGACUCGACCAGUCAGGCAGGCAGGGCACGCCUGUCCUCGACGGUGCCGGAUACGCCGAGACGACAAUGAGUUCCAAACUAGAAAAUGCAGACGUCUUAAAAACUAAACUCUCUGACAAAGAUUUGAGGACGCCAAGCAUACCAUUCAUCACGUCCACGCCAAACACUCUGACUCCAACGGAUAGUUCGGAAGUGCCGCCAUGGGCGUCUUGGUCUAUAAUAAUAGCGGUAGUAUUACUAGCCGUUGGAUUUGUGGGCUUUUGCAUACACAGAUUCUUCAGGAAACGAAGAACAAAAGAUGGCAAAAAAGGAAAAGGCGUUGUCGAUCUAAAAGCUGUCCAACUAUUGGGCUCGGCCUACAAAGAAAAAAUACAACCAGACAUGGAAGAAUUGGCUGAUAAUGCGGAAGAAAUCGCGGAAGAAGGAGACAGUACGAAGGACGAGAAAAAGUUAGGAAGGUUACAGUUCAAGAUGGAAUAUGAUUUCCAAGGAAAUACUCUCUCUGUGACUGUGAUCCAAGCGGAAGACCUACCGGCUCUGGACAUGGGAGGUACUUCGGAUCCAUACGUGAAAGUUUAUUUAUUACCGGACAAAAAGAAAAAAUUCGAAACUAAAGUGCACAGAAAAACGCUGAAUCCUGUCUUUAACGAAACAUUCCAGUUCAAAGGGAUACCUUAUGCAGAUGCGAUGAACAAGACUUUGGUGUUUGCAAUUUUUGAUUUUGACCGGUUCUCCAAGCACGAUCAAAUAGGAGAAGUAAAAGUGCCCUUGUGUCAGAUUGAUUUGGCCCAGACGAUUGAAGAAUGGAGAGAAUUGCAGUCGGUCGAAGGAGAAGGAGGACAGGAUAAUAAGCUGGGAGACAUUUGCUUCUCGUUGCGUUACGUGCCCACUGCCGGAAAACUUACAGUAGUGAUAUUGGAAGCUAAGAACUUAAAGAAAAUGGACGUUGGUGGACUCUCAGAUCCGUACGUGAAGAUCGCAUUAAUGCAAAACGGAAAAAGAUUAAAGAAAAAGAAAACGAGUAUAAAAAAGUGUACCCUCAAUCCAUACUACAACGAGUCGUUCACAUUCGAAGUGCCAUUCGAACAGAUACAAAAAGUCAAUCUGGUAGUAACGGUGGUCGACUACGAUCGCAUCGGUACGUCCGAGCCCAUCGGCAAAGUGGUGUUGGGUUACAACGCUACCGGCACCGAACUACGGCACUGGUCCGACAUGCUGGCGUCGCCGAGACGUCCGAUCGCGCAGUGGCACACGCUGAAGGAUCCGGACGACGACGCGAAAAACUAAAAUAACAUUACACAAGAACCGACCGGACGACAGAACAUCGCCGACGGUCGCAGUCAUCGCUUAACCACGCUCGUCCCAAUCGCGGACGUCAUAAUAUUAUAACAGAAAUAAUUCCUCAAAACAACACACAAUAAUUCGGAAUCUGAAAUACUGCAAACAGACGCCUAUAACAUGCCUUACAUAGGUACAGCGUACACUAUAAAAUAAUAUCGAAAUAGAUAACUGUCUAAACGAGAAAACGCGCGAUUUCGUGUAUUAUCAUAUUAUAAAUAUUUUCGCAAGCGUUCCAUACAUUAUUAAUAUAAUAAUACGUACUCACUUCAUGUCCGGCGCGUGAGCAUAUCGAUAUUCUCAUCAUUCCUUAUUUUCACAUGAACUACAGCGAUUUCAUUUAAAUAUCAUGUAAUAAUUACAGUUGUCGUCAAUCCGUAAUAAACGUCAAUCCCCGUCGUCACGAUCCCCCGAAAAAGUGUUAUCCGUUCGUAAUAAAUCGUAAUACCAAAAGACACUUACCACUUACUGGUCGUAGACAUUACAUCGGUAUAUUAUACGUACAUAGAUACAAUUUAUAAGACCGUACAUGAACUAAGGUAUAUUAACAUACAAUAUUAUAUAGGUAACAGGUAACAGGUAUGUGGUAAUGUGGUAUAUGUAGGUAUAUUUUAGUUCAUGCAUCUGCGCCACCCCCGUACACUUAAUGACCGUCGUUCAUCGUUCAGGCGCCAACUACAGAAAUAUUAUUCUACGUGAUAAAAAAAACGCCGUCUUGUUGUGGUAUAGCUAUAUGUUGUUGUAUUUUUAAAACAUAUAAUUCAGUGGCAUAGCCAGGGGAGGCAAAGGACGCUGCAUCCCUCCCCAACAUUUCCGGAAAAUUUAAAAACGCUUUUCUAAAAAUAACGAGUAACCGUGUAUUAAAAUUGUAAUUUGUAUUACAUAAGUCAAAAUUAUCAUAACCCACGGCAUCAGCACACAAAAUAUCCCGGUCAAGCAUCCUCUCACGACAAAUCAUCAGCCCCCUCCUCAAAAAGCAAAAUCCUAGCAAAUCCUUCGCGUAAUUAAAUAUUGUACUUGAGAACAAUACGAAAUUCUUGUCGAUACCGAACAAAAACAAAAACUAACAUUAUAACUGUAAUAUUACAAAAUACGUCAUAUUAUAAUAUACACCGAUGUCUUCUCUGCGUUAUUUUAAUUAUAUAGGUAGUAAUAUUGCCGGUAAUAAUAAUAUAUAAUAUGUUGCCUAUAUAUCAUCACCCUAACAGGUAAUAUAUUAUACAUAGGUAGGUACUCUCAUCUUUUUAUUGUUUUAUUUUUUCUUCUCUUCUUGUCUUGGCGGAAAUUAUAUACCUACUUAAAAAAAAAAAAUUAAAAAUAAUAUUACAUUAAUAAAUAUAUUAUAUAUAUUAUAUUAUAUAAAUUAUAAUAUUAUCUUCGUUAACCCUCCGCGGGUGUUGUUCUAUACUAAGCCACUGUUAUUCGCUUCAUGUAAACAUUAUUUAGUUUUAAUACACCUACCUACCUAUACCUAGUUCAGAAAAUAAUACCAUCGUAUUAUUAUUAUUAUUAUUAUUAUUAUUAUUAUUAAUAAAUAUAUAUAUAUAUUAUAUAAAUUAUAUUAAGUUCUCUGUGUAAAUACUAUUUUACCACCAUUAUUAUUAUUAUUAUUUUUAUUAUUAUCAUUACGUUUUGUUUAAUCGGAUAGAUUUAACACGUUAUUAUAAAAUAGUCUUCGUUAUUUAAUUGUAAUAAUAUUGUUAUCCUCGGAAAGACCGGAAAAAUGCGUUUAUUAAUGAAUCAUCAGGACAAAAAUUAUAUUCUAUACAAAAAAAAUACCUCAUCAUACCUCCAUUCCUAGUCAAAACGAUAUUACGAUAACACGAUUCUACAUAAUAUUAUAUUAUUAUAUCUUAGAAAAACGUAACUUCGAAAUUUUUUAAUAGACGCAUGUUUCUUGUCAAUCUCGUUUAUACUUAUUCUCUAAAUUAUAAUUUACCAUUAUUUCGAAUAAUAAUAAAUACAAAUAAAUAAAACCAAUGAUAACAAUAACACAACAUAAUAUUAUUAUAGUCAAACAAAAUAUACCUAUUAAAUUAUAUUCGUAAAGAAAUGUACUGUUUAUCUUGUUAUUGUUACUUAUUUAUGUAAAAUAUUGUAUUAUAUUCGAAUAAUAUUAUUAGGUACUUAAUUAAUAUUAUAUAUUAAAAACGAAAUAAAUGAGUAAGUCUAUAUUAUAUAAAAGAAUAAAAACGCGUAGAGCGGGAAUAAGAUACCUACGUUUCGGUCGCAAGGUCCGAGAUUUUGUCUGUUAUUAAAAUAAUAUUAUUAUACUGUGCUCGCAUUUCCUCUUAUUUUAAUAUUGGUAGCGAAAAACAUUAUAUUUUAGAGGGAUAGGUAAACUGUUCAACAAUAAUAAUAUUAUCGGUGCCUGCCUAUUUCAAAAGGAUACCUAACGUAUUUCAAUUUUCUUUAUGAUUUUUUUCUCUAUAAACGUCGAAAAUUUUUUAUAUUAUAAUAUAAUGCCCACUAUAAUCAGUACGACAGUAUCUGUGUAGGUGUUCGCCAAACGGGACGGUAAAACAUUGACCAGCCAAAAUGACGUUUUCAUCGCUUUAAAAAUGUUGCCAUUAUAAUAUACUAUAUAUACCAUAAUAUAUAUUAUUAUGCAUGCAUGCAUAUAUAUAUACAUACAUAUAAUAUAUUAUAUAAGUUAAAAAAGAGCCCAACGUUCGAACGCAAACAUUUUAAACCAAUGUUACGUUUUACAUUACUUUUUACCCAUGUUGAAGUGAAAACGAAAGUCAUUCGUGUAAUUUUUUAACGAUAUAUAAUAUAUAUAUUAUUAUUAUUAUUAUGAAAAGCGAUGUAAUUUUGUGGGAACUAAUAAAGACAUAAACAACUUAAAUACAAAAGAAUAUACAUGAUUUUUGUAGAGUAAAAAGCAUUAGGUACAUUAAAUAUCAAAAACGUACUAACGAAAUAUAAUAAUAAUUGUGUUCCUGCGGUUAUGCCGAAACGUCUGUAUUGAUAAUACAAUAUUGGUUAUGAAUAUUGUUUGUUAUUUUAUAACAAUUGAUUAUUAUUAUUUUUUUUUUUUCAUAAGCUAUCCCAAAAUCGUGUUGUAUUUUUUGGUUUAAAAAUAAAAAUAAAUCAUAAAAAAAUGUAUAAUAUAUUAAUAUACUAUACUGUAAUGUUGGAUAAAUAUAUAUGUUAAAUAGCGCAUUAGAACUAC